AUGUUUGUUAACAAGCAGGAGCCGAGCUUUGCGCACAGAUGUGAGAAGGCGUGCGCUGGUCGAGGAUCAGAGGGCAGCUUUCAGCCUGCCGUGGCCCAGGCUGUUGAGGUGGUCUGGCACGUCAUCGUUCUUUGUGGCUCUUGUGCUAUGUACACAUGUGCUGGCUGCUGGUAUUGGCUCUCUGCCCGCCUCAGCCUCGCGCUGUUUCUGAGCCUUUACUUUUUCGUUCUUGCAAAUCCAGCUGCCAAGGCGCCGCAGCUGUUCGCGAUGAAUCACACAAGAUCCCUCCCCGGCAGGAGUCCCCGGCGUGCAGAAGGGGAUCCGGCUAAGCAAGAUACGAUGAUGGUGGGCUUGACUCCACAGGAG